GGCGAAGGUUGUUGGUUCAGGUGGUGGAUGUGCGUUGCUUUUAAUCAUGGCCGAACAAAGCACACAAAAAUACGAAGUGCACGUGGUAACUGGCGACCGCUCUGGAGCUGGGACCGACGCCAACGUGUGGCUUGUUCUUCACGAUGACCGCGGACAGAAGUCUUCUGUAGUCGAGCUAAACAACUUUUGGAAAAAUGACCAUGAGCGAAACACCACGGGUAAGUAUAAGGUCACCGCGGCUGGAGGCUUCGGUCAGGUUAUUAAGGUCGAGUUCUGGCGAGAUUCUUACGGCUUGGGAGACGACUGGUUUUUGGACAGAGUCGAAGUGCACAACUUGGCGGCAACAAGAAAGGUGCAUUACUUUCCUGUGCACCGCUGGGUGGUUGCCGAUGUCCACUACGUCAUCCACGAGUUCGACUGCACAUUACCAGAAGAUGACCACAGCAUCGAACAGCGUCAGGCUGAACUGCAGCGAAUCAGAGACGAAUACCGUAUUCACUUCCACGUGCCGGGUGGACCAGCACAGCUAUGCCAAACGAAGCGAGCCAUAGCUGAGUGUAAAAAUCGAACUACAGGCGUUCUUCACAUAUGCGCUAUACGUGUUAAGCCAUACUGGUGCGGUGUACUGGUAUGUACUAACUGUGAUCGUGGUUUGUGUUCUAACGGAGUAUCCUCUGACCAUUGUAUUGGGCGUUUCGCGUUAUACCGACAAGACACCCAUGCAGACUUACCAGUGUCAUUUGUCAGAACCUUGACAAUAAGUCUUUGGCUAGCUUCUAAAAUCGAUCUGUACCAAGAUCAGCCUACGUCACUUUGGCAAUGGGACAUAAUUAAGAACAAAGGAAGUCUUCUUGUAGCCAUUAGUCUGAUCAAUCUAGCUACUAAGGACAAAUGGGAGUCCUUUGAAGACUUGAAGACUGUGUAUAGAUGGAAUCUCGAGGAACCAGAGUGUAUCAAGUACUGGACAGAGGACAAAUGGUUUGGCCUCCAGAGAAUCCAAGGAGCUAACCCUAUUCUAAUUACUCUGUGCACAGAAAUUCCUUCAAAGUUCAAGGUGGAUUCUGGGAUGUUACAACCUUUUUUGGAGGGACUGACUUUGGAAGAAGCUCUCGCUGCAAAGCGUUUGUUUAUUGUUGAUCACAAGUUACUGGAGAAUAUAAACUGUAAAGACGCACGAAUGUUGACUGCACCCAUUGCUUUGUUCUUCCUAAAUGAGACAAAAGAAUUGAUGCCAAUUGCCAUUCAACUUUUUCAAGAUGAAAGGCCAAAAAAUCCCGUGAGUUUCACUCACCUAUUGAUGGAAGGAGUUGUUGUGUGUACUCACAGAAAUCUGUCACCAUCCCACCCACUGUUUAAACUCAUGGCUCCACAUUUCUUGUACCUUCUUGCUAUCAAUGCAUUUAAAACAUUACAAGAUGAUACGUCGAGACUUGAGGCUUGCAAACGGGUCUAUGACGUUACUGAUGUCAACUGCCUCUGCGUAGGAUUAGAGAAACUUCUAUCUGUAAAUGGAUGGGUUGACCAAACCAUGACUGUCGGCCGAUGUGGAAUGUUUGAGCUGAUCAAAAGAAGUUUUGAGAACUGGAGACUUGACGUCAAUGGCAUCAUUCCUAAUGACUUCAAGGCCAGAAAGGUCGAUGAUCCCAAUGUUUUACCCAACUACCCAUACAGGGAUGAUUCGACAGCAAUAUUCAAAGCCAUCCGUAACUACGUUACCAAAGUUGUCAAGUUUUACUAUGAUGACCCACAGAAGGUUAUCAAUGAUGUUGAGCUUCAGCACUGGCGAGAAGAAUUAGUUCUAAGUAGAAAUGAUGGUGGUGUUGGCUUGUUGGGUGUUCCAGGAGAAACUGGAAAAUUCACCACCAUUGAUCAGGUUAUUGACGUCGUGAGUGUUAUAAUAUCAACUUGUAGCAUUGGUCAUGCUGCAGCUAACUUCCAGCAAUAUUCAGAGUAUGGCUUUCCACCAAAUUAUCCUGGAAUUGUAUGUGAUGAUGUUAUUCAAGACAAAAGGCCACGCACAAUGCAGGAUGUUUUGAAGACUCUGCCAGAUAAAGAAACUACUCUUGAUAUAAUGGUUAUAACCAAGUUGCUCAGUGCUAGAGGAACCAAAUCUCUGGGAGAUUUUGAAGUGCAGUAUUUAUAUCACCCAGUCUGUGUAAGAGCUGCUGAAGAGUUUCGUGCAGAACUGAGAGAGAUCAGCAAAAACAUUCAACAACGGAACAAAACUGUAGAAUUCCCAUACUGCUGGCUGGAUCCUGAGAUUGUUCCAAAUUCUAUUAGCAUAUAGAAAGAGAGAGAGAAGUAAUCUAAGAUAUACAAAGAGUGUGAUUUUUUUAAAAAUUAUUUAAGCUUUUAAAAUGACUCGUUUUAAAUGGAGCUUAAUAUAGAUGUGGAAAUGUACACGGAAGCUUAUUAUUAUUUCUUUUUACCAUGAUUUAAUCUUUAAAUAUGUAGGUGUAAUAAAUUCAGCUCAUAUUUUCUCACUUG